AUGGACCCAAAUUUAAUAAACAAUCUUCGCAGAUAUUUUGUGGAGUGUCCAAAAAAAAAUGACUUUCGUCUUACUAAAGAGGUCAGAAAAGAUAUUCGGCGUGCCUUAUUUGAAGCAGCAUCAUGUAACGGAAAAUAUAUCGAUCGAUUUUUCCCUGAUAUUGGCAACCUGGAAUUAGAUUCACAAUCGCAAAAAUCCUAUCCUUCUUCAUUAGCUAAUCUUCGAAUGUCUUUAUCGCAACCAUGUACAAAAGGUUCUUUUGAUUGGAUUAUUAAAAAUGAUAUAAAAGUUGACCCUUCUCAUCCUGGUCGUCCUUGCGUUCGAAAAUUUACUAAAGGCGAGCCAACAUAUCGAUGCUUAACGUGCGGUUUAGAUGAUACGUGCAUUCUUUGUUCAUACUGUUACAAUCCUGAGGAUCACCAAGGUCAUCAGGUCAUCAUUAACAUUAGUGCCAGAGACAGCGGUGGUGUUUGUGACUGUGGAGAUCCAGAAGCCUGGGUGAACCAUUUUUCUUGCAAGCACCAUGAAAUGAAAAAUUUUUCUAACAAUCCAAUUUCUGAGGAUUUAGAAACUUCGCUCCUUGCUACUAUUGAGACAGCAUUAGAUUAUGUCAUUGAUGUCUUGUCUAAUUCCGAUAUUACUACUCAAGUAUUUAAGUCUGAAACACAAGUCAUGGAGCAUAGUCGUAUAUCGGAAUUGAGCACUGAAGUUUACGGUGUUCAAGAUAAGCCCCAAUAUGACAAGUUUGUUCUUAAUCUUUGGAAUGACCAACGUCAUUCUUUUAAAGACGUGAUUAAUAUGCUCAAUAUUCAUUUAAACAAACCUAAACACUUUGGUAAAAUGAUUGCCACACAAGUCGAUGCCUAUGGUCGAGGUAAAAUAGAUGUUUCUACAAAUCUUGGCGAACUACUUCGUCUUAAAAGUGCAAUGGAGUCAACACGUCUUGUUUUCACUAUUCGUUCUGCAAAAGACGAUUUUAGAGAGGAUAUGUGCGACGCUAUAAUUUAUUGGCUAGAAGAUAUAUCAAAAAUAUCCAUCGAAAAUAACUACUUUAUUGUCAGAGAACUUAUUUCGAAGGCAUUAUGUUCUCCAUGGAACGUUGGCAAUGCGAUCUUUCGUAAUGAAAGAGACUCUUGUGAUACAGACUUAAUUCCAAAAGUCAGCACCUCCUUAAACGGUGCAUCUAUUCCUGAACUAGGCUCAUAUCCUCCUCAAUUUCCUCCCUUGUCAGAUAUUCAAAAAUCCCCACCUGUGAUCGGAAAAUCAGAGUCAGUUCCAGAGUAUUGGUUAGAUGAUGGUCCCGACCCGCCUAGUUUUUCACGUAACGGGAUUAGUGCUCGCGUUCAGUAUCUUAUUUAUUUUGAUAUUCGACUUUGGAAAAGCUUGCGAGUAACAUUAAAUGAUUUAUACAUUUCUGUUUUGAUAUCUCAUCCAGAGUAUAAAAACAUACUUGGUCAUUGUUAUGCCCAGUUGUAUCUGCAAGUUGUUGAGCAUUAUAUUCUUGUUGACAGAGAACCUGAAGUUUCAAUUUUUAGUAGUUUGUCGACUCAACUUUUUACCUCGCCUAAAAUUGCAACCAGCAUUUGUCAGUACAAUUAUUUUUCAAAAUUUAUGGCUGGACUUUAUACCCUUUUCACUCAGUUUAGAGUUGGUCCAGUGACUAGUAUUAAUACCAAGGUGAAGGAAUUCGAUAUAGCUACUCCAGUAAAAAAUCGUCGAUUUACUCAAUUAUUUCACGAUUUUGAGUAUAUACUUAAAAGAAAUACAAACAAAUCAUUAGUGACUGGUAACAAGAAUCGCAUUAACCAACUUUGUGAUUUUUUGAUUUUGUUUCAAGGGAUUUUACCCAUGGUUAGAGAGAAGGAUAGUCAUGUUGAAUAUGAACCGGAUUUGUGGAUUUCUUAUUUCAGUUGUUUACCUUCAGUUUUGCAACUCGCUAAAUCUAUUGCAGUCGGUGUUUCUGAAUCUACUGAUGACGAAAUUGAUUUAAUUGAAACACAAGCUAUAUCUACUAUUGCUUCCGCGAUUUAUAAUUGGUCACUUGGUUCAUCGCAUAUUUCCAACACAGAAAUUGCAUCAACUCCGUUUUUUCAGGACACCAUAUUUGAUUUGGGCAUUUACAAAGCAAUUAUUCGAGACGUUCCUAUUAGAAUUGAAAAUGAUGCAACCAGUCUACACCAUCCAUUGCAUUCAUUCUUAUCUUGGAUAAUUCAACAUGGCGUUUGGAAAAGUCCCGAAUCUAUAAAAGAAAGCUUAUUAAAGGUAAUUUCUAAAACAUCACAAUAUUCUGAAAAAGAACAUCUUUCCAUUCUUUUUGAUUUUCCUAUGAGAACUGUUGUUCUUUUGUCUCAAAUCCGCAUAGGGCUUUGGGUAAGAAACGGUAUCAGUGUGCGAAAUCAAAUGACUUUUUAUCGUGAUAUGACUCUUCGUGAUUACUCUUUUAAUCGUGAUAUUUUCAUGCUUCAAACAGCUCUUGUCACUAUGGACCCACAAGUUGCUUUUCUUCAACUUCUUGAUCGAUGGGGUUUUUUGGGUUUAAGCAUAAAUUCAGCUUUUGAUGAAGAACAGAAGUUAUAUAUGGUAGAGGCGUUAAUUCAUCACUUGAUUGCUCUUCUUGUUGAACGCCAUCAACUUAUUCCUCCAGGUGAUUGGCAUCCAGCUAAUAAUUUGCUUAGUUCACAAGAGCCUCAUCCUUCUAAAGAAACUCACUAUACUCAAGAGUUUGAAAAAAGAUACAUUUUCCAAGAAAUCAUUCAAUGUUUAGGUUUUGGUCCUCUUUCUUUUAGCGAUAUUGCUAAUAUUAUUCCUGAUUAUCUUAUCAUAAAUGAAAUGUUUGAGCCUAUGCUUUUAGAGCUUUGCACCUUCAAGCCUCCAAUCGGUAUUCGAGACACUGGAAAGUAUGAAUUGAAAUCUCAAUACUUUAAGUAUUUUGAUACUCGCUAUCUUCACUUUGCAUCUUCAAAAAUCUACGAUGCUGAAAAUAUAAUCAAGGCUCAAAUUCACAAGCAAACAAAAAAGCCACUGGAAUCCAUUGUUAUCGAGCCCUAUCUUGAUUCGGUAACAUCCGGAGCUUUUCAAAACAUAGGUGGAUUUACUAGAACUCCGGCUUUUGCUAGUUUUGUCUUUAAUAUAUUGACAAUGGCCAUUGGUAUCACUUUAGACACUGAUAAAGGGGUUGAUAGCAUUCUUGGUCUUAUUUUGCAUCUCUGUCAUGCUGCAGCACUUGAUGAUUUGGAAAGAAAGACUCCCGGACUAUCUUUUGUUUCUGUUUUAUGUCAAAAUUACGAAAUGUCUGUACCAAACAAUUGGAACUUUCCCCCAGAGAUGAGUAAAUUCGCUAAUCCUGCUGCAUUAUUAUUUUAUUUAUCUUUUCAAAGUAAUUUUGCACAUUUUAAGCCCCGUAUUUUGAGAAUAUUUGAGAUUCUUAAAACUAAGGAUGGUAAUCUUGUCGACAGUGUACUAAGCCCUAUUUUUUCAGACUCAUAUCUUUAUGAUACAACUGAUAAAGAUUCAGUCGCAGAGAAGCCAUCUAAAAGUGAUCUUCAAAAAAUUGCUAAGCGGAAAAAAAAGAAAGCUCUUGAAAAAAUUCAGAAACAGCAACAAAGAUUUGCUAAACAGUUAAUGAAGGCAAGCAUGGAAGAAGUAGCAGAUGAUGAUAAGGAUAUGACUGAUGAAGAUGCUGAGACAGAAGAAUGGCAUUUUUCUGGAAGCCAAUGCAUUCUAUGUCAUAUUCCUUGUGAUGAAAAAAAGAUUUUCGGCAUUGUUGCACAUUCUCAAAUUUCAAAUGCCUAUCGAACUGUUCCCUUUCAGAACCCAGAUUGGGUUAUGGAAGCAUAUGGAAUGGAGCAAGAUCUUUGUGUUGAAGAAUCUGAAUCUAAAGAAGAUGUGAUUUAUCACCGUAACGAUACAUGGAAUGAAUACCGUGAAAAGUUUUCCGAGAAAAAUGUUAUUGGACCUGGUUUUCCUAAAGGAAACAACUAUUUCAGACCAGUCAUUUCCAGUUGCUGUCAUGCAAUGCACUUGGAUUGCUAUACUUCUUAUCUUAAGAGUGCUUCCAAUAGGCCAAAUGAGUUAACAAGAAACAAUCCAGACAAUCCUAGAAUGGGUGAAAUUUUAUGUCCGCUAUGUCGCUCAUUAAAUAAUACAUUUAUACCUAUUCUUUGGAAAUCUACAAAUAGGGACUCAUCUGCGGAGUUAAAACAAACAUUCAGCUUUUCUGAAUUUGUUGAAAAAGCAUUUUCACAAGAGGUUCUCAACUAUGCACAAAAUCCCCAAAAGCAUAGCUCCAGCUUGUUCAAGCAAUGUGUGGAUUCUGCAUCCCCCAUAUAUGCCCCUGUUUUGGGUUUAGAUGGCUCUCCAUUUUCUCCUCUUAGAAACUCCAAUCUUUUAAAGGAGCUUGAUCUUUCUAUUCUGGCUGUUGACCGAACAAUUAUUAGAGAAUGGGGGCUUGUAUUUCAAGGAGGAACGCUUCAUACUGACACAAUUUCUCUUGACAUGCUUUUCAAAUGUCUUGCUGGGACAAUAACUGACAUCGAGUUAUCUCUUCGUGGUCUCAAAACAUCUGCAAUUUUUUUAGAGCAAUUGACACCAUUGACUGUGACCCUACUUCAAGUGUUGAUUGAAUUCACUGCUCUUUCUGUUUGCUAUAGUGUAACAGAUGUUUUCAAAAAUACAGGCAAUAGCGUUUCUUCGGAAAUGUCAGUGUUUGUGCCUUUUCAAUCUUCAGGAGACCUCACUCCUUUUGAGGAGUUGGUCACCUGUUUAUUUUAUUAUUCUCCAGCAUUUGAUCUUGAUAAAGUUCAUUUUAUCAAAGGAUACUUAUUGAAAGUUCUUGUCAAUUCAUUAACUGUCCUGAUUGGAGAGCUUUGUGAUGGUGCUUUAUGGACAAAGCAUAAGGCUUUUGCUUCAAUUCCAAUAUUUGAAAAGGUUGAUGAGGAAACAAUACAAAGCCUUAGUCAAAUAGUUCUUGAAAUAAGAAAGACUAUUCGAUCCAAGUCUGUGAAUGUUCCACUAAGUAAUGCACCCGCUAUUGGUCACAUUCUUUAUACCAUGUUGAUUAAAUCGGUGACUCCUUUUUUGCGCAAGACAGCAAUCUUCAUUCAUGCUCGAUGCACAAAGGGGUUCAAUACAAGCAAAUAUAAGUUUUCAGAUUCCGAAACAGAAGCAGAUAGACUUUGUCAAUUGCUCAAGGUACCUACUAUUAGUAGUCUCAUUAAAGAGAUUUCACAUGGCGUUCCUGGGACUUUUCAACUGGCCUCAAAGUUUAUUCGAGAUCAUGUUGAAAGUUCCACAUCACCCAAAAUUGACUACCCCGCUAUCCAAAAACUCAUUAGUUUACCACAUCGUCUUGAUCAAUUUUUCACAAAUCAAGACCUUUGGAUGAAAAAUACAGAGAGUGUUGAAUAUUUUUCGGAGCCAGCUGUUUGUCUUUUUUGUUGUCAAACGGUUAACCUUCAGUCCCCUACUGAUAUAUCGGGUCGUGGACCGUGCAACAAUCAUUGCUCUUCCUGUGGAAAAUCCAUUGGCAUGUUUAUUUUGCCUAAACGCAGUUCACUUUUGUUUUUAACAAGAACUCAAGGUUCUUUUUAUUGUGCUCCAUAUUUGGAUGUUCAUGGAGAGGAAGCGGAGAAUUACAAGAGGCAAAGACCCCAAUAUCUCAGUCAAAUGCGAUACAAUCAUAUUCAACGUGUAUUUUGGUUACAACACGGUAUUCCUGAUUAUAUUUCAAGAAUGUUAUAUUCGAAUAUUGAUGUUGGUGGUUGGGAAACCCUUUAA